AUGACAACAACUCAUAACCAAGAUCUCAUACUAUUUGAGGAUCAUUCAUUGAUACCUGAAUCAAUCAUAAGUGGUGAAGAAUCAUAUUCAGCUAUAAUAUCGCAUCUCCAAGGAACUUCUCCAACAUGGUUAAUCAAUUCAUUAAUUGAAAACUCAAUUCAAAAUACAGCCACAUUAGUCAAUAAUGACUUAACAGUUAAGCAAACAGGUCGAUCCAAGACUAUAUUCAUCUCAUUCAUCAAUAAUAAAGACUAUUACUCCAAAGGCUGUAAAAAGAACGGCAUUGAUCUUAAUACAGUGACAGAUUUCACCUAUAUUGAUUGUUUUACUGAUUUAUUUACAAAGAGAAUAAAAGAUCCAUCCAAGGCAUCAUCUCAAGUUACUAGUCUCUUUCAAGAGUUGAAUGAAGUUAUAUCGAGUCAAACUGGUUCAAGAAAAGUUGUGUUUAUCGAAGCACCUGAAAUACUCUUAAGAGCUACUAAUAUCACCAGUAAUGAAUUAUUGAAUCAUUUACUUCAAUUAAAUAAAACAUGUCGACAAUUAUUUAUCAUCAGUGCCAAAGAUUAUCCUGAUUUGGAUGCCGCCAUGCCUGAAGAUCCUGUCUUCAAAGUAACUGAUUACUUUGUUAAACUUUUACAUAGAUCAAGUUUACAUAUUAGUAUUCAACCCCUUUUAACUGGAAGAGCAAAUGAUAUUACCGGAAGUUUAAUCGUUUCUAAAGGUCCAAUUUCUUACAAAUCAAUCAAUGUUAGUGAAAAAGAAUAUAUAUUUAAUAUUACUAAAGAUUCAAAUAUUAAACUUUUUUUUAGAUAA